AUGUACAUUUUCACAUUUGAAGCAAAGCGUUGGCGUAAAAUCGGUGAUGUACUUUAUGCACCUCCCCUUGACACAAAAACUGCGAAUGGAAAGUUUUGCAUCGCACUCGUUUCAUUUCUACUGCGUAGUAAGCGAUGUGAUCUGCAAUUGCAACUCAUCCUCAGUUUUGCAAGCCUUUAAUUAUUUUUUUGCUCAUUGCUGCACUUUUAACUUCUGUCCGUAAAUUUGGCUAGAACUUAGAACAAGAACUUAUUUAAUUGUGUUUCAAGUUUUGUUGAUUAAUAUUUCCAACGUCAGAGAGUUAAGCUACGCUCUUAAUAAGGCAUAACUGAUUUUACCCACUACCAGGAUGGAAAUAAUGCUACAUAAACUCGUAUUGAUCAUACUCAUCCAAUCCCGCAUAAUGUCGGCCUCUUUUCAUCAUCAUGGUGAAGAAGGAUGUCCUACUGAUGGCACAAUUUUAUUUAACAAAGUUAAGACCACCAAUAAUCAUGUUGAUGUUCUCAAUAGCAUUGCAAACCUACUUUAUCGGAAAACGACUUCAUUCACUUCGGGGGAAUACAACAUUGCAUCUUUUAUUUCUGCCGUGAACGAAAAAAACUUCGGUGGCAUAAAGUUCUCCAUCCAUUCAUGGGAGAACAACAGAACUUGGAUUUCAUUUAUUGACCCUACCAAGGAAUAUACUUUCUCUUUAUCGCAGAACUUGUGCAAAACUUUAGGGUACACACGUUGUAUCUUCCCUGGUAGUGGGAAUUACCCGUCAGAAAUGUCCCAAAUUGAUGUAGGUCGACCACCACAUAAUGAAUUAUGGACGUUAUUUUUUCAUAAAUGGACUACAAAGAAAAUUGUCACUACAGUAAAUUCAACUCUGGAGAAGUCAAUUGAAUGUCUCUCAAAUCAGACUGAUGGUGCAGUAAAAGUGCUUCUGUCAUGUGACGGAACUAAAUUUGCAAUCCAUAAGUCCAACUCAAGUUUGUAUUUACAAUUCACCGAAGACUUCAAUCUCCAAUUUGGUUUGGAUCCGGUAUUAAUUGGCUCCACAUUGACAAUUCUUGACAAAAAUUCCACAUCGGCACACCCCUUUACUCUCAAAGACGAAUGGAAUAAAUGCAGCAAAAAUCUUACCAUUGUUUCCUUGACUAGUUCAUCUGAAACAUUUAUGAAAGGAGACGCAAUUUCUCUCCUCGGUUUAAUUCAAAGUAUAAACCGCCGUUUUAUUAAAUCGCCAUUUUUUAUGAAUAUUACAAUCUCAAGUUCCAAAAAUCAACCAACUUCAAUAAUAACGUUUUUGGAUCAAUUCGAUAAAUAUAUAAUAACUUUCUCGGAAGAAUUAAGUCAAGUUUUGGGUAUUAACCAAACCCAGUUUCAUGCAAGUGGAGAAUAUACUGGGAGUACUUCAGCUGACGACGAAAUAUUCAAUGGGCUUGAUCCGGAUCAGGAAUUUAUUAUUACGCUUACUCAGAAAGCUAUACAGCGUAUCCAUAUCCCACCACCUCAAUACAUGUCGUAUCCCUCAACAGUGAAGACCAUAAACAACGCUCUACAAUCCUUUGGCUCGCACAAAAUUGCUUUAACUAUUUCUCAAGACUUUGAAAAUUUGGAGAUAAAUAUUUUCACAAAUUUAUCUGUGACUUUCUCCCCUUGCUUAAAUAAACUUUUUCACAUGAAACCAUUUGACUCCUUUACAAGUUCUUCAACAUCAAUUCAACUACCUCCGAUUCUCCUCCCCAAAGAUAUAAACACAACGCCACAAAUAAUCCCAUCAACUUCUCAAAAUGCAGAAGAGGAGGAGGAGUCAGGUACCGCCAUGGAUACAUCACCGGACGAUGCUGUUGAUGAUAAUACUAGUAUGCAAGUGGAGGAUGAUGCUCGUAAAGUUCCAACUAGUCAAGACCAACGUAAAUGCUACACCAUAAUUAACGAAAUCCUUCCAACGAAGCGAUGGUUGAACACCCUUUCAAAAAAACAGUUUAUAGAAAUAGUACACCGAUGCGGUAAAAAAGCAAAAAAAAGCAACUUGGACAAGAUGGAUGGUUACAUGACUUUGAUUGUUGACAUAGGAACUUAUAAAACGGAUUUCAUAAUACAACCAGCCUUAGUUUUUUCCAGCGAUUUAAGCAAGGUUGUACCAACUCGUCGAGUUUUACCCGAUGAAGCACUCGAGUGGUAUAUAGUUAUUGGAACCGACUUGCAGGGCCGGCCUUGACCGGCUCGACUUGCAGGAGUAACAGAAGCCCAACUAACCCGAGCAAACAAAAGAUGGAGGGGAAACACAAUUUCGACACCACAGCGCAAUGGAAAGAGGCCCUGUCCAGUACAAACAAAUAUUGAUGAAUUUGAUCGUAAUUGGAUUAGAAGUGAGAUUGUUAAAUCAUAUAAAAACGGUGCCGCCAUAACUGCUGCCGACUUGUACAAAAAGUUUAUGCAUUACAAAAAGGAAUAUUACGACGAUGAGAUGCUUCGUCAUCGAUCCAAUCCAGAUAACCACUCAAGACCUGACAUAUAUCAUUGCUCAAAAAAUACUUU